CGGUCGCGUAUUCACGUUGCUCAAAUCAAAACACGCACAGUUCCGGCAAAUAAGCUCGUGCUCGCAGGAUAAAAUUGCAGACCCUGAGAAUUUGAAAAUGCCAGUUUUGAAUGAAACCAGGCAUCUUGUUAAAGCAUCAGACUUCCCUCCACCAACACCGGGGCGAUUGAGGCUGUACAGCAUGCGAUUCUGCCCCUUUGCUGAGAGAACAAUAUUGGUGCUGGCCCAUAAAAAUAUACCCUAUGAAGUAGUCAACAUCAAUCUGAAAGAUAAACCUGACUGGUUCCUGAAAAGAAAUCCUCUUGGCCUCGUCCCUGUACUGGAGCAGGAUGACAAGAUCGUGUAUGAGUCACAAAUCUGUAACGACUACCUAGAGGACAUCUUUCCACAAAACCCUUUACGAUCAAAAGAUCCUUAUGUACGAGCCAGGCAGAACAUUGUGACUGCUGGACUUGGUAAGUUCAUAGGCCAUUCUUACAAGCUAGCCAGAGAGCCAACACCAGAGGCGAAAGAAGAAAUGAAUACAUACCUGGAUACAUAUGAAAAUCUACUGGAGAAGCCAUUCUUCUCAGGAGAUGAAGUAGGUCUACUUGACUUCCACAUGUGGCCCUGGGUGGAAAGGAUGCUCGCCUACAAGGAAUUCACUGGCUACGAAAUCAGCCAAGAAAGAUUCCCAAAGCUCAAUGCAUGGAUAGCGAGAAUGUGGGAGGUGCCAGCUGUAAAAGCCACAGCAAUUCCAGGGUGGGCCCUCCUUGAGUUUGCAAAAUCUUACAAGGAAGGAACACCACGCUAUGAUGAGAUAGAAAUUUGAGAAGACAGUGUUUUUAUUUUUAUUAUAAAGAAAUUCAGGAGUGAAACAGUAGCAUUUGGGGCCAGUUUAAUGAGAAUGGGGACAGUUUAAUCAGAAACCACAUACGGUAGCUUACAGUAUUUAAAGGAUUUGGAAGGUUUCUCGUAGAUAUAGGUACAAUUAAAUAAGUCAAAAUUGAAACAAUUUAAUAAAGGCACCAGUAUCACUGUUAAAUUAAUUCAUUAAUUUAUGUAAGUAUCUGAAACUAUGAACAAUCCAGAUAUAUUUGAAUGUUAGUGUAUUUUUUAUCUUAUGUUUUUUUCCUUAAAAAAAUAACGUAAAUUGGUCUUAAACACAUACAGUUUGUAUGGUCUUAAUAUAAUCCAUGAAAAUCUUCAUUGUAAUAAUAAGAGUAAUCUUAAUUGGUUGUAGGAGCAAUUGUAUAUCUUCAUAAGGACACAUUCAAAUCUCUUAAGAAUGUUAGAGGGUCUUUACAUUAUGAAAUGUGUAUCUUGAGUUGUAGUACAUAUCUGAACACUGGAAUCAUUAAGAUAUAGCCAUAGUAUAUAGUGCAUGUACUAUAUAAUAGUACACAUUAUAGUUAAGGCUUCAUUUUUUUCUGGAGCCUUUACCCAAGUGUUUUUGUUUUUUUUUAACCAACACAGGUUUACUUUGAAUUCUAAAAUAAGAAAAGUAACAUGUUCGUGAAAUAAUUUUCCCAAUGACCUUUUUUUACCAACAGGUUUGUGAAAUCUGUAAGCUGUUUGUUGCAGAAAGUUUUAAUAUCUAUUUGUUAUAUUUUAAUAACAUAUUUAUGAUUUUUUUUCUUCUACAUUGCCAAGAGAUCAAGUGCCAUUUUGAUAACUUUUAUCCAU